AGACGUGCCCAUGUAGCGUAGUCUGUACUACCAAUCAGAUAAAAUGGUCACAGUUGCAGGUUGUCAGGGGCAACAAGAGAUUGCUACUUUUGAAUUACGCUGAGACAGUUCCACAUAUGAGGAGAGUUUGAAAAGUCCAUGCAGAAAUAAAAACUACUGACAUGUUUGGGGAUCUCCGGGCAGUGAUACGGAAGAUGGCAACCUUUCUGGGCCGGAUCGUAAUGGAAGAGGAAGUGGAACGACUGGAGGAGCACCUGAGCUUCAGCAGCAUGCGCCAGAACCCGGCCACCAACUACGACGGCCUGGUGCAGAAGCUGCGCUCCACCACAGGCCUGCCGCUGGUGUCCCAGGACCUGGCCUUCAUGUGCGAGGGCGAAGUGUGCGCCUCCAAACAGCAUAUGUCCCCGGAGAUGGACCGCCGCUUUGAGCAGUGGAUACAGGGCGAUAUAGGGGGCACAGGAUAUGAUGGUCCCAUCUGACACUGGCCCCAUAACCAGUGGAUCAAGGACAACAUAUGAUGCACUGGAUAGGAAGGUCCUAUCUAGGAUGUGUCCCCAUAGCCAGUGUAUCGUGGACAACAUUUGGGGCACCAGAUGAAAGCUAAUGCACUGCUACCGCUAAUAUGCAAGAGUACAAACUGUAUUUAAAUGCAGGGGUGUCUCAGAUUUGUGUUUCAAGAAUGUACAGUAUGUGUGUUUGUGUUGAGGACUUUCUGUAGAAAAUUGGACAGCAUUUGUAAAUUCAUUUGUAACUAUCAUGUUAUAAGAACUGAAUUAAACUCUUUAAAAUCAGA